AUGAAGCGCUCCGCUAGCGGGUUGGAGAUUGCGAAGCCCGUCUUCCUCACCAAGUCUGAGCGGGAGCGCCUCGCCCUGGAGCGCCGUCUCCGACCGGCGCCACUCCGCAAUAGAUCUGCUCCGGUCCGUUCCCCGCCCCACCCCCCCCCGCCGCCGUCACUGCCAAUUUACCCGUCCCGCGACCGGGACAGAGGCCGCCGCCGUGAGUCCCGUGACCGCGAUUCUCCCGAUCGGGACCGGGACAGAGGCCGCCGUUGCGACCGCGAUUACUCCUCCCUCCGGGAGAGGGGUAAGGAGACGAGGAGGGUCCGGGAGCGACGCCCGGACAGCCACAUGGAGCGGGAGAAGGACCGGAACAGGGAGAAAAUUGCGGAGCGGGAGCGUGUGAAGGAGCUGGAAGCGAUCAAGGAGCAGUACCUGGGUUCAAAGAAGCCGAAGAAGCGGGUCAUCAUCAAGCCGUCGGAGAAGUUCCGCUUCUCAUUCGACUGGGAGAACACCGAGGACACAAGCCGCGACAUGAUGAACACGCUUUACCAGUCGCCGCACGAGGCCCGUCUCCUCUUUGGCCGGGGCUUCCUUGCCGGUGUGGACCGCCGUGAGCAGAAGAAGGUGGUAGCCCAACAUGAGAAGGAGAUCCGUGCAGACCUGCGGCGCAAGGCUGGUGCUGGCGAGAGCCUGGAGGAAGAUGAUGAUUUGGCUCACAGGCACUGGUCUGAGAAGUCGGUAGAGGAGAUGACCAAGCGGGAUUGGCGUAUUUUCCGUGAGGACUUCAGUAUUGCCUACAAGGGGUCUCGCAUUCCGCGGCCGAUGCAGAGCUGGAGUGAGAGCAAUCUUAAGGCUGAGCUGCUUGAUGCUGUUGCGGCGGCUGGAUACCAGAAACCGUCACCAAUCCAGAUGGCUGCCAUUCCACUUAGUUUAAGCCAGCGUGAUGUUAUUGGCAUUGCCGAGACAGGUUCUGGCAUUCAUGAUGUAUCAGUUGUUGGUGGCCAGCCAAUCAAUGAUCAGGCUUUCAAGAUUGAGCAGGGCUGUGACAUUGUAUGUUGUGCUCAACCGCUGCAACUAUGUCGUGCGGUCGUGCUUGAUGAGGCAGAUAUGAUGAUUGACAUGGGCUUUGAGCCACAGGUUGCUGCUGUCCUUGACGCAAACGCAAUGCCUUCGAGUAACUUGAAACCUGAGAGUGAGGAUGAGGAACUUCAUGAGAAGAGGAUUUACAGGACUACCUAUAUGUUUAGUGCCACCAUGCCACCUGCUGUGGAGCGUCUUGCUAGGAAGUAUCUCCGGAACCCAGUCGUCGUGACAAUUGGUACACCUGGCAGGGCGACUGAUCUAGUCACCCAGAAUGUGAUCAUGGUGAAGGAGUCUGAAAAGAUGUUACGGCUCCAGAAGAUGCUCAGUGAUCUUGGAGACAAGACAGCCAUUGUCUUCUGCAAUACUAAGAAGACAGUUGACCUGCGUACCAAGGAUCUGGAGAAGGCAGGCUUCCGCGUCAUGAGCAUGCAUGGAAAGAAAUCACAGGACCAGAGAGAGAUCAGCCUCGAUGGUUUUAGGAACGGACGCUGCAAUGUUCUUGUGGCUACUGAUAUAUUAGCGCGUGGUAUUGAUGUUCCUGAUGUUGCACAUGUGAUUAACUAUGAGAUGCCAAACUCAAUCGAGGCAUACACACAUCGCAUUGGAAGAACAGGACGUGCAGGGAAGAAGGGUGUGGCAACUUCAUUUCUAACUCUGGAAAACACUGAAAUUUUCUUUGAUCUGAAACAGAUGCUUAUACAGAGCAACAGUCUUGUGCCACCUGAACUUGCAAGACACGAGAAAUCAAAGUUCAGGCCAGGCUCAGUUACUGGUAGACCUCCAAGACAGAGUGACACUGUCUUUGCAAAUCGCUGA